CUUCUCAAAUCUCGCGAGAGACAUUUUCCUUUUGAAGGCCAGCUGAUCGUUUACUUCAGUGUGGUGACUAGCCUGAAGCUUUUAAGUAAACGCAACGUCGACGCUGUAAUACUGAGCAACAAACACUUCCAAAGAUGGCUGACGCAAACCAACAAAGUCCUCCUCCCCAGCUAGGGCCUGUGCAAUUUUUAAUGAGCAACAAGCUGGAAACUGCAAUGUGGCUUUCACGACUCUUUACCGUCUACUGCUCAGUAAUGUUUAUUCUACCAAUUUUGGGACCCUAUGCAGCAGCUAACUUCUAUCAGCGAGCCUUGUUGGCGAACGCCCUCACCAGUGCCCUUCGCUUGCAUCAAAGGCUUCCACGCUUUCAGCUGAGCAGAGCUUUCUUGGCCCAGGCUCUUCAGGAGGAUAGCUGCCAUUACCUGCUCUACUCACUCAUCCUGGUCAACUCCUACCCCAUCACAAUGAGCAUCUUUCCAGUCUUCCUCUUCUCCGUGCUUCAUGCAACUACCUACACAAAGAAAGUCCUUGAUUCUGUGGGCCCCAAUAGCAUGAUGUUCAUCAGAAACCUCCUGGACAAACUUACAUCCAAUCAGCAGAACAUCCUGAAGUUUAUCGCCUGCAAUGAGAUCUUCUUGAUGCCAGCCACUGUUUUCAUGCUCUUUAGCGGACAGGGGAGCUUGCUGCUGCCUUUUAUUUACUACCGAUUCCUCACCCUCCGCUACACAUCCAGAAGAAACCCAUACUGCCGCACUUUGUUCACAGAGCUGCGAAUUCUUCUGGAGCACUUCAUAAUGAAGCCUGCCUGCCCCACCUUCUUCAGGAAGAUGUGCCUCAGCAGUAUCGCCUUCAUCAGCCGCCUCGCCCCCACAGGGGUCUGAUUACACUCCAUAAAAGUUCUGUUUUUUGUUUUGUUUUUUUGUUCCGCCACUUAAGAUGCGACUUAAACUUUGAUGAGGACAGACAUUGCCAUCAACAGAAGGAACUGUUUUUUGAAUGUCAACUUUACAGCCUGUGCUCCAACUUCUCUGUAAAUGAGUACAGUUGAAGAGCAGCCAGUAAUGCACUGAAGGCUCAUGGUGAUAUUUCCUUCCCAUGUUCUUAAUGUGACCUCAUUCAAGCGGUGGACACCCCUAACUUUGUUACGUUCACUGAAUGCAGCACAGUAGACAACUGUGAUCUGUAUGUACCGGCUGUUAUUAUUUGUUCCUUUUUAUGUCCUUUAUUUAUUCAUGAAAUCACUUAUUCUAUGAUGAAACAUUAACAUUCUGAGAUUAGUAACUUAAAUUAAAAUGUGGUUCUACAUUGUUAAAAAUGUUUGGUUUUUUUGGUUGUUUUUUUUAAAUGAUCAUGUUGUGCUUGGAUGGGUGGAGGAUAGGAUUUGUUUGCAGCUUCUAUGUGGUCCAAUGUCUUUUAUUUCUUUUGUGUUUAAAGCAUCCUAUUAUUUGAUUUGUCUAAAUGCCUAACUUUAAAUGUAUUCUAUCAAUGCCAUCAACUCACUCUUUUAACAAAUUAGAUCUAUGAAGGUAUGAUGUCAAAAUGGGUGUUCAAUUGAGAAACAAGAUAUCUGCUGUAUUUUUGAGAAUAUUUGAAGGUACCAGACAUUUUGCUGUGGGAUUCAUAUGUGAAAUGAGUUGCACAAUGCCUGUCAUGUUUUCAAUGCAUUCUUGUUUCUCAGUUUGAAAGCUGUUUUGAAUGUGCUUCAUUUAUUUAGUUUUCUUGCUCUGAUUUAUUUUUCUGCCAUGUUAAAUGUGUUUUAUUUGCCUACAGACAAACCACAUUUUUAUGACAAGAAUAAAAUGAUCUCUUAAUUAAACCAAUAAAAUAUUAAAGAAGA